AUGUCUUUGGUGCAUAAGAAAUCGAAGUUUACUCCUUACCUGAGGAAAGUGACUGCAAUCGGCACUUGCCUGGCCCUUUUCCUUUGGGUUGCCACUACCCUCGGCUAUCACGGAUCAACAAACUUGUCCGAUAGGGACAACUCCAAGCCACCCCGAUAUGCCUUUGCCACCAUUUUAACGACGGAAAAUGACUUGGAGUUUCCAGAUAUACAAGAGCCUUACCUUCAAGCGGCAAGGCUACUCACCUUCCAGCUACUCCGCAACCCACGCACGCGGAAUAGGAUUGAUAAUGUUCCAUUUCUUAUCUUGGUCACUCCAAAUGUACCUCAAAAGCACCGCGAUGUUCUGCGCAGAGAAGGAGCUACUGUAAUUCCAGUUGAGGCUCCUGGCAGCGACUGGGGUUCCCUCGAGUCGCAACGCUGGAAUGGCCUUAUCGCCAAGUUGAACCUGUGGAAACUCGAAGAAUACGACAAAAUUGUGUUCCUGAACGUUGACUCUGUCAUAUUCCGCCCUAUCCAUGAAAUUUUCGAAGAUCCUGCGACAGUCAAGCGUGUCACCAUCGACCCCACCGCCAAAAUGCCAAAAAAUUAUAUGAUCGCCGCACCGCACGACUCUUGGAUGAACUUGAAUACGCAACUCAUGUCCGGUCAAGGGUUUGACCAGAAGAGUCACCUGGAUAAUGGGUUCCUUAUUCUACGUCCCUCAAAAGAUCUCUACAACUACUACAUCAGUCUGCUCCACAUACUGGAUAAACAUGACUCCGGUCAUCUUGAACAAAAUCUUCUCGACUACGCUCAUCGAGCAGACGGUCCCAUGCCUUGGCAAAUCCUCGGAUUUGGAUGGAACCUGAAAGAUGCAAGCCAGUCUGAUUAUGAGAAAGGAUUGAAAUCGAUCAAUCAUAAAUGGUGGCGCCCUAUCGCAGACAAUUUUGUCGGGGAUCGUAUCGUAAUGUCAAUGGAUGAGAUGACUGCCUUUUUAAACCACUGA